AUGCCCGGGCGUGUGAAGCUCACCUCGACCGCGCCGGUGGAGGCAAUCUCUUCCACAAAGCCGCCUGCGACAAAAAAUCCCAUUUCUGUUGCUAAAGGGCCCCGAAAACGCUCGGCAUCCCCUUCACCUCCGAGCUCGUCCCCGAACUUCAAAUCACCAAAAAUAACUGUGGAGACAGCUAGCAUUGAGCUAAGUGAGCUAACGCCAGCACUGAAGCCAGCACCGAAGCGAGAACUAGAGAAGAAGACAGCUAGAAAACCUCGAGAAAAGAAAUUUCCAUGCACCGAACCUGGCUGUGACAAGCACUUUACCCGUCCCUGCCGCCUAACGGAGCACCUACGAAGUCACACCGGCGAACGGCCAUUUCAAUGUUCAAAUGGGGGGUGCGAUAUGUCCUUCCUCAGGGAGUCGCAUCUUAAAGCGCACAUUCGAGCGAAGCAUCUACAGGACAAGCGCUACGUAUGCACGUUUGUCAUCCCCCAAGGGCAGGAAGAUCAGCUUGGAACUUUUGGGUUCAAGAGGGUUGCGGGACAGGGCGGGAAAGUGGUUGACGGUGGAAGGGAGUGCGGGGCGAAGUUUACUACGAAUCAGCACCUUAAGAGGCAUCUGGAAAGCCAUCAAAAGGCUCUUCCGCAUGUUUGUGUGGAUUAUCCCCCUUGUAAUGAAGGUUUCCGAAAACGUGGGCCGCUGGCAAGACAUAUCCGAGAAGUUCACUGCGGACUGCUUCCGUGGGCAUGUCCUCAUCAGGAUACCGACGGCUCUACGAAACAUUGCUCUUAUGCUAGCGACACAAAGCGGAAGCUAGAGAGCCAUAUUGCAUCCCAACACAGUGGUAUUCCAAAACUCCGAUUCUGGUGUGACACCUGCCAGAAGAACCCCGGCCCACCCCCGCUGGAGGAUAUAUCUACAAACGAUACAGCCUUCCCCAUCCAACGCACAGUUCUACCAGAUACAUCCUCUUUUAACUCUUACAGAGAACUCCGUGCUCACACCAGUGCAGCUCAUCCGCCAGUCUGCUCACACUGCUCCCACCGCUCACCCAGCCAUAAAGCUCUGAAGCUACAUAUACAAAAUAAACACGACAUACCCCUCGACAAGCGCAAAACGCAUAUCUGCGAGAUAUGUGGACAGGGCUUGACUAAACCCCAGUACGUCAAAACCCACAUCAAGAUCGUGCACCAGGGAUACCGCCCAUUUGCUUGUCCGCACUGUCCAAGGAAUUAUCAAUACAAAGCACCGCUUCAGAAACACAUUGCCCGCACACAUAACCCGAACUCGGAGAUUAAGUCCGGGUUGGGGAAGUCUGGGAGACCUAGAGCCUUGAUCAGGAAGCUGGGGCUAAUUGAGGAACUAAGUGGCUAUGGCUACGAAAACUCUGGUAGACAUAUCACCUGCAUUGUGGAUGGGUGUAGAUGGAGGUAUGCCAGGUUGUAUGAUCUGAGGAACCAUCUUGGAAGUGCGAAUGGGCAUGGGUUUAGUCCGGAGCAGGUCGAUGAGCUGAUGGCUGAACCGGAGAAGGAUGGACCACACGAGGAUGACGAGAGCGGAAGUGAGUGCGAGAACGAAAAAAUUGAGGAUGAUGAAGAGGGUUGGAGCGAGAUUGAGAGUGGGAGCGAAGGUGAGUGGGGGUUGAGCGAUGAGGACGAUUAG